GCGCUCGAGGCGGCGCAGCCUCGGGAACGCGCUUGUGCCUCUCCUUCUCGCCUCAGCUAGCGCUUGCUUCUUGGCUUCCCCUCACAUGCAGACACACACGCGCGCGCGCGCACGCACACACACAACAUACAGAAGCCGGCUGGCGUUGGCGCGAGAGCGAGCGGCUUCCAUCCUCGAAGAAGGAAGCCCAGGGGACACGGGGCGCGCUUCCUUCUCUCCUGGCUCUACGGCAUCCUCCCUGCAGCGCCUUCCUUGUGAGUCCCGCUCUCCCUCUCCCUCCUCCUCCUCAGUUCUUCCGUUGGGGCGUUUUGGUGUGGCACCUUGCGAGGUCCCGGCUUCCUAUGAGGUACUCAAGAUGCAUGGCUUGCCUCCGUUCUGUCACCUAGAUACAAUGACCUCUCAGAAAUCAAGUGAUUAAAAAGAGGAGGUGAGACUUGGGCUGUCCUGGCUUACUCUACUUGUACAAAGAUUUCAAUAUUUUACACAACCACUGCCAGAAGACUCUUUUGAUAGUAAGAGCAGAAGAUUGCAAUUAAACAAUUCUGUGAAAAUUUCCUAAUAUAUAUUGGAAUAAGAAUGGAGAAGGCCAGCAGCAUUUCUGAAACCAGAAUUCACUUGCUUCUUGUUCUAUGCCAAAUUAUUACUGCAUUGGAUGUACCUCUUGACCCAAAACUUCUUGAAGAAUUGCCACAGCCUCCAACGAUAAUACAACAAUCACCAAAAGAUUAUAUCAUUGAUCCAAGAGAAAAUAUUGUAAUACAAUGUGAAGCAAAAGGAAAACCACCUCCAAGUUUCUCAUGGACUCGUAAUGGAACUCAUUUCGACAUAGAUAAAGAUGCACGGGUAAGAAUGAAGCCACACUCGGGAACUCUUAUAAUAAAUAUUAUUAAUGAAGAAAAUGGAGGAAAGGCAGAAUCAUAUGAAGGAGUUUAUCAAUGCACGGCAAGAAAUGAGCUAGGAGCCGCCAUUUCCAAUAACAUUGUCAUACGAUCAUCCAGAUCCCCUUUAUGGACUAAAGAAAAACUAGUUCCAAAAGUAGUCACUGAAGGUCAAUAUGUAGUACUUCCCUGCAGGCCACCAGUGGGAUUACCGCCACCUAUAAUAUUUUGGAUGGAUAACUCCUUUCAAAAACUUCCUCAAAAUGAGAGAGUUUCCCAGAGUCUAAAUGGGGACCUUUAUUUUUCUAAUGUAAUACCAGAAGAUACCCGUGAAGAUUAUAUAUGCUAUGCAAGAUUUAACCAUACUCAAACUAUACAGCAGAAGCAGCCCAUUUCUUUAAAAGUUGAGCCAGUGGAUUCAUUGAAUGAAACUAUAGCUGCUAAUAUGAGUGACACUGAUUUUAAUGGUGCCAGAUUAUAUCAAGAAAGAAGGCCUACAAUUCUAACACCAGGUGGAAGCACAAGUACCAAAACAGAGCUAAGGGGAAACACCCUCUUGUUGGAGUGCAUUGCAGAAGGAUUACCUACACCAACUAUCCGUUGGAUUAAAGAAGGUGGUGAACUUCCUGUCAACAGAAAGUUCUUUGAAAAUUUUAAUAAAACCCUCAAAAUCACAGAUAUUUCUGAAGCUGAUUCUGGAAAAUAUAAAUGUAUGGCAAGUAAUCUAUUGGGUUCUGCUCAUCAUGUCAUUACAGUCACUAUCAAAGCUGCACCUUACUGGAUAAGAGAACCAACAAACCUUGUAUUUUCUCCUGGAGAAGAUGGUUCCUUGAUUUGCCGAGCUAAUGGUAAACCCAAACCCAGUAUAAGCUGGUUAGCAAAUGGAGUUCCGAUUGCAAUUGCUCCAGAAGAUCCUAGCAGAAAAGUGGACGGUGAUACAAUUAUUUUUACUGAUGUGCAAGAAAGAUCAAGUGCUGUUUAUCAGUGUAAUGCAUCUAAUGAAUAUGGAUACCUACUGGCAAAUGCAUUUGUGAAUGUUUUAGCUGAACCUCCAAGAAUCCUAACUCCCCUAAACACACUUUACCAAGUUAUUGCAAAUAAACCUGCUCUGCUAGACUGUGCUUUUUUUGGUUCACCUGUGCCUGAAAUUGAAUGGUUUAAAGGGGUGAAAGGUAGUAUUCUGCAGGGAAAUCAAUAUAUUUUCCAUAAGAAUGGAACACUGGAAAUUCCGGUAGCCAAGAAAAAUAGUGGUGGCACAUAUACCUGCGUAGCAAGAAAUAAACUUGGAAAGGUUCAAAAUGAUGUUCAAUUACAAAUCAAGGAGCCAACAGUGAUUAUUAAGGAGCCUGAAUAUAAAGUUGUACAAAGAACUGGUCAGGUUUCAUUUGAAUGUAUAAUUAAACAUGAUACUACCUUAAUACCUACAGUUACAUGGUUGAAAGAAAAUAAUGAAUUGCCAAAUGAUGAAAGGUUUAUGGUUGGUAAAAACAACUUAACCAUUAUGAAUGUCACAGAUAAAGAUGGUGGAGCAUAUACUUGCAUAGCUAAUACCACUCUGGACAGUGUAUCUGCAAGUGCUGUGCUCACAGUUGUUGCUCCUCCAACAGCUCCUCCUGUUGUUUACGAUCGUCCUGAUCCACCAUUUGAUUUGGAAUUAACAGACCAUCUAGAAAGGAGUGUUCAGCUCACCUGGAUCCCGGGCAAUGACAAUAAUAGUCCUAUUACAAAAUUCAUCAUUGAAUAUGAAGAUGCGAUGCGUGAACCAGGGAUAUGGAACUACCAGACAGAAGUCAAUGGGAUCCUCACAACUACACAGUUAAAGUUGUCACCAUAUGUUAACUAUUCAUUUCGUGUAAUAGCUAUCAAUGAUAUUGGAAGAAGCCAGCCAAGUGAAGCCUCUGAACAGUAUUUUACAAAAGCUGCAAAGCCUGAUGACAAUCCUACUGAUGUUCAAGGGAUUGGAUCAGAACCUGAUAAUUUGGUGAUUAUGUGGGAGCCUUUAAAACAAUUUCAGUCGAAUGGCCCUGGGCUUCAGUACAAAGUUAGCUGGCGGCAGAAGGACGGAGAUGAUGAAUGGACAUCUGUUAUAGUUGCAAAUGUAUCUAGGUAUAUUGUGUCUGGUACACCAACAUUUACUCCAUAUGAGAUAAAAGUACAGGGAUUAAAUGAUCUAGGACCUGCACCUGAACCUACAACAGUCAUUGGACAUUCUGGGGAAGACUUACCUAUGGUUGCUCCAGGAAAUUUGCAGGUACAAGUUGUGAACAGCACAUUAGCAAAAGUUCAGUGGGAUCCAGUAGCACAAAAGUACAUCCGAGGUCAUCUUCAGGGAUACAAAAUUUACUACUGGAAGGUGAAAAGCCUAUCUGGAAGAAUUAAGAAGCAUAUAGAAAAAAAGACAUUGACUUUUAGUGGAAACAAGACACAUGGAAUGGUGCCAGGGCUGGAGCCUUAUAGUUCUUACAAACUGAAUGUCAGAGUACUUAAUGGGAAGGGAGAAGGACCACCAUCUCCUGAUGAAGCAUUUAAAACUCCUGAAGGGGUUCCCAGUGCACCCUCCUUUUUGAAGAUCACUAAUCCAAAUCUGGAUUCUCUCACUCUGGAAUGGGGCCCACCUUCUCAUCCAAAUGGUGUUCUGGUAGGGUAUACCCUGAAGUUUCAACCAAUUAAUAGCACCCAUGACUUAGGCCGCUUGGAAGAGAUCAGUAUUCCGGCUAAUGAGACCAGCUUGGCAUUAAGCAACUUAAAUUACAGUACUCGGUACAAGUUUUACCUCUAUGCACAAACAUCAGUUGGAUCUGGAAAUCAAAUAACAGAGGAGGCAGUAACAAUUAUGGAUGAAGGUAAGAUGGGAUAUUCAGAGAACCUUUUUGAAACCUCCCCUGUCAUGCUCACUGUACCUUCAACAUUUUAUAAGGUGCUCCAUGCCUAUCCAAGGAUCAAAAAUGUUACGGCAGCUGCUGCUGAGACCUCUGCCAAUCUGACUUGGGAAUAUGAGGGUCCAGUUCAUGAGAUUUAUAUUGAAUAUGGUGUGAGCAGCAGCAAAGAAGAAUGGAAAAAAGAACAUGUUAAUGGUUCCCGAAACUUCUUUAUGUUAAAAGGAUUAACACCAGGAACAUCAUAUAAAGUCCGGGUUGGUGCUGAGGGUCUUUCUGGUUUUAAGAGUUCAGAGACUGUGUUUGAGACAGGUCCAGCAAAGGCAAGUCGGCAAGUGGACAUUGCUACUCAAGGAUGGUUCAUUGGUCUUAUGUGUGCAGUUGCUCUUCUCAUCUUGAUUUUGCUGAUUGUUUGUUUCAUACGGAGGAAUAAAGGAGGAAAGUAUCCGGUGAAAGAGAAGGAAGAUGCUCAUGGCGAUCCAGAAAUUCAGCCCAUGAAAGAAGAUGAUGGAACACUUGGUGAAUACAGGUCCAUGUCUCCUUGGACAAUAAAGAAAAUGGACAAAGGAAGAAAGAGAAAAUGUAGAGAUGUCUACAGAUUUCCUGAAACAGACCCUGUCUUUACCAAAACAGUGUCUGUGUGGUCUGAGAGAACGAACUUUUCCAGAAGGUCAGGAGAUCAAUCCUCCAGCAUCUCAUCAAAGACCUCUUAUAGGGAUGUCAGGCAGUCUGCAGAGCACUUAAAGGUUAAAUCCUUUCCCCCUUUGCUCUGUCAUAGAAAAAAUAUGUCAACUGAAUGGCAGUCUGAGGGUGCUUCUAGGUAUGGCACUCUACAACAACGAAUAACAGAAUGGGAUGAAGGGUCAGGUUCUCAGGUAGGAGAGCAUUUCCCAUAUCACCAAAUAUCCACCAAACUCCCAUCCUCUCAACAACGGUGGUGGAACCACACAAUAGACCUCAGACCAGAUUCAGAAGACAACCAAGGCUCCCAUAUAAAGAAGGUAAGACCUUCUGCUGCUCCUGCUAGUACAACUGGUUGCCCAAAUUCUGACAAACAUUUGCUAAUAAGGCCUGUUGCAUUGCCUGGAAUUAUUACAAUUUCAAAGGAUGUGAACAAAAGUAAUGGGGCUUCCACAGAACAAAAUGGACCUUCUCCAAUAAUAAAUUCUGAGGCAUUAGAAACACUGGUUUCCCCUGAAAUAACUAGGCAUAAGUCACAAAUUCCAGUAUCUCAAGCAAUCAAUAUAUUAAAAGAACUUGGAGUUCCUGCUGGAAAAAAAUUCAAGUUUCAGAAAGAUUUGGUAAAUGAAAUAUCUUCUGAAGAUGGGGAAAUAUUGGAUUUGCCAUUGGAAAUAGAGGAGGAUGGUGAGUCUGUACGUAAAUUUAAAAUAGAGAAUCAAAAUUACUUAUUUGGGCAUAUUCAAAAAGAACUAAGAUUAAAAGAAAAUAAAUGCAGGCAGUCUUCAGAUGAGGACAAGAUAGCUUGUGCCCUUCCUGUCCAUUUAGCAGCAAAAAGGCUGGUCCAUAGGAUCUGUAAUAAACCCAAUGUAAAACAUGUAGCUCCAGCAAUAAUGCACAAACUCUACCCUCCUCUAGUUGAUGAAACCUUAUUAUGGAGGGCUUUACCCAAAGUAGAUAUUGCACUUGUCAUGGGAAAUGCUAAAUCAUGCAGCUGUGGCCUUGAUGGUUCUACCCCCAAUGAUCCAAUUGAUAGAAAAAUUGAGGCUGCAAUCAAGAGAUCGUUUUGUUUAGCUGCAACCCAGCUUAGAAUCUCCCUUUAUUCUGCCUAUGCUUCUAAUGCUUUAUUAGUCUGGCUGGAAAAGGAGAAAGUAGUGAGAGGAGAGACAAUGAGCUCAUCUUCAAGCAAGAGGACACGCAGUCUAUGUAGAACUGCAGCUAAUUUUAUCCAUGAUGCAGCCCAGGAUUUUCUCAGUCUCACAGUUAAAAACAUAGCAAGUCUCUCACAAGCAAGGCAAGCCAUUCGGUUACGUAGUUGGCCAUUAAACCUAGGUAUGAAAAAUAAACUGUUAUCCUUUCCUUAUUCUGGUGAGACUUUAUUUGGGAACUAUGUGGAACAGAUUUUCAAGGAUUUGGUCCAUAAGAAAUUAUCCUAUCAGUGGAAAAGAAAGAAACAUCAUUCAAGCUCCUUACUUUGCUAUCCCCAUAGAUAUCGCGUUUCACAUAAGUUUUCAUGUAGAUUUAAAAGAGAGAGAGUUUUAAGGUCCUUGUACCAUAUGAAAAAGUGUGGCAUUCAAAGAAAUAACAAAUGUACCAAAAGGAGAAUUCUGACUUAAAUCUUUUCAGAAGCAAAAUGGCUACUAUGCUCUUUCAUACUUUCAAUAGUGAAAACUGGAUUGUAAUGGACACAAUAACCUCUUUUUCAUGUUUUUUGUUCUGAUGAAUUUUAAAUAUAGGAUCAAUUUUGAAGAGCCUAUCUCUCUAGUCUGAUUAAUUAUCGAUGCUGGGCACAUCUAAUUUCUAAUGAGCAAGAGAAUGUAGGAAUCUCAAAUGUAGUUUGGAUUUAAAGUAAUCUGAAAUUAUGUAUACAAGCUAAUAAUACUAUCAUAAUAUUAAAACAUUGAAGACGAAUAUGUUCAGGCCAGAUGGAAGGGUAUCUUCACACAGUGAUAGUUAAACUAUGACAUUUGCUAUCCCAAGAUGUACAUUGGACUGUUUUGUAGGAAGAUUAUACAAAUCAUGGAGGCUACAAUUCCUUUAGUUUUCUCUCAGCAAUUGAGAUUUGGAGACUCUAAUAUCGGAAAUAAUAUAUAGAUAUUAUUUCCGAAGUUAGAGUCUCUCUAUCUCAAUUGCUGAGAGGAAAACUAUAGUUGUGCCAAUGAUUCCCAUAUAGGUUUACAUGUAUAUCAGACUGGUUGAUAAGAGCAAAAAAAACUAAAAAAAAAACUAGAUUGGUCUGAUUACAGCCUUCAGUAAUUUAGUAAUGUAACUACUGUUUUGAUUAAAGUAGCUUUCCAAGCCUACUUGUAGAUAUAUACAUGUAAGUGGAUUUUCCCCUGACUGACUUGAUCUCUAACUUACGAACAUGGAAGAUUCUAGUUCUCACCAGUGUUAAAUCAAGAUAAUUUAAUAUUUCAUGUUUCUAAGGGCCACUUCUUAUCUCCCAUCAGUAAUAUAAAAAUUAUCUUGGGGCCAAUCUCUACCCUAUACCCUAAAUCCUUCCACCUACAAUUUGCAGAAAACUGGGCAAAAGAAAUGGAACCAGAAAUGAUAUAGCAUCAGUUUUGGGCAUGCUGGUUUCAACUCACCAGAAUGGUUGUCUCAUUACUAAUCAUAAGGGUUAAUUUUGGGUCAUCUGGGCCUAGCUGUGAAAAAAUUACUUUAAGCAAUUACAAAAUGUAUAAAACAAUUUUUUAAAGAUGUGCCCUAAAAGUCAGGAAAUAUUUGUGGAUUGAGGAAAAUAUAUACUAUGUUUUUUAAAUGCAGAAAUUCGUUAGUCCUGGUUGGGAGUAAAUGCCAUGGAAUGGCCUAGUGGGCCUUCCUUAUUUAUGUCCUAUUAACUUAUCUGUGCCUUCUGAUCCAUCAAUCUAGAAUUCACUUUCCAUUCCACUACAAUGCACAUUCACUGCUUUCCAGUUUCAGCGCAAAAAUUAUACAUUUUGUCAACUGAAUGUAUUACUAUUUUGAAUGGUUUUCCAUGUCACCUCAGGGAGAAUGUAUUGUUGGUGAAUGAACUGCUUAGUGGAUACAUACACACAGAGACACAGUUCUACAUUUUGAAUGAUUUUUGCAUCUGUCUGCCCCUGAAGUAAAAAAGAUAAUUAGCUGGUAAUAAACUAUAAUUGAAAGAUGUGAUGAAGUUUACUGUGAAUGCAUAAAACCUUUUUUUUUUAAUUUCAUUUAUUUAUACUGUAUUUCUUGAAUUUGUUUCAGUUCAUGUAAACCCCUUAUAGUCACUUUCUCAUUUUGACAUGUGUUUCAUCCCCUUCAAGUUUGCUAUUUUCUUCAUAAAACCAUACAAUAAGAAAAUAUUGAACAUAGAAAAAGACUUUUAUGUUGAUGGAUUGGUUAGCUAAAGAUUCCAUAAUGUAACCUAAAUUUGUAUUUAGUUCUGUUUCUUCUUGAAAACAAGUCUCUAUAUAAUUAUUUCUUAAUUUACUAGUUUAAUUAUGGUUUUAUGUCUGCAAAUAGCAAAUACCAUUGUAGCACUCCCAUCCCACAAUAAAAUCCAUAUAUUCUGAAGCCCUUAGUUACCGUUGCAGUUUUUGCCUAUAUUGAUUACUGAAAUUUUGGAAUAUAUUUUCCAGUCAACAUGUUGAUCAUAAUUUUAAAAAUUGAAGUAUGUAAGUAUUCCUCUGUAAAGAAAAGUAACAUGGUAAUUUAGAAAAUAUUUUAGUCAGAUAUUUUUGGCUUACUGAUAUAUUUUGGAAUAUUUUACACAUCUGCAUAAGCAGACAGAACAAACUUUUAUGUUGUUGUGUUGUCUGAAAAUAGAAAUAUUAUUGUAUCUAUAAACCAUUAAAAUAUUUUGAAGUUCCCAA